AUGCCGCCAGCGCCUCCCCGCGCGGGAGAGUUUGCGCCGCCGCGGCCGUCCGAGUUCGGCCGGGGCAUGCCUCCCGAGGCCAACCCCGACACGGCGCCCCCUCGCCCAAGCCAGCCCCCCUGGGCCUUUAUAAGCCGCUGCCCGUCGCCGCCCUCUCCUCACCCCGCCCUGCAAGUUGCAUUCACCACCGCUGCAGCCCGCCGCCGCCGCCUGCUGCUGCUGCGCUCCGCCGCCCGCUGCCCGCCAUCGCCGCAAGUCGCCGCCGCCGCCCACCGCCGCGCCGCCCCGCCGUCGCCUCGUCGGAGCCCCGCCUCACCGACGCCGCCGCGUUGGACCGAUGUUCCAGCAAGCAACAACAACAACUUCAGUAAAAAAAGGCUGAGCAAAAUCCUGUUUAGCUUGCAUAACAAUAGCAGACAUGUCAUCCCCAGGUGA